AUGGCGAGGAGAGAUUCCUUUGGUGGCUAUGAAGAGGAGAGAUUCAAAGACAAAGUAGACAUUAAACUACAGUGCUCGAUUUGUCUCAAGGUCUUAAAAGAUCCAGUACAAUGCCCGAAUGAGCAUUACUUCUGCGGCUCGUGUAUUCGAAAGUGUUUGCGCGAAAACGCCAAAACUUGCCCUAUGUGUCAACACCAUCUGACGGAAGAAACAUUGACCAAACCACCGAGAAUUUUGACGGAAUUAUUGGACAGUCUUAUGAUUCGUUGUGAUCACGAAAACCGUGGCUGCCCAGAGUUAGUCAAGCUUGAAUUUCUUGAUCGGCAUGUCAACAGCUGUGGCUAUUCACCAACGCGUUGUACAAACGCUGGUUGUGCAGAAGCAAUGAACCGACACGAGAAAGAACGACACGAACGUGAACAGUGUGAUUUUCGUAAGAUUGUUUGCGACGAGUGUGGAGAACAAGUAAUAUGGAAGUCAAGUCGUGUACACCCGUGCUUCAUGCGAAAAGAAAUGGACGACUUAGUGAGCAGAUUGAACGUUGUUCAAAAUGAUGUGAGGGGAAUUCAGGAUGAUGUGAGGGAAGUCAAGGAUGAUGUGAGGGACGUCAAGGAUGAUGUAAAGCUGACCCAAGAAGAAAUGGCAUCCAUUGCAAAAGAAGCGACCGAAAGAUGUGAUUUAUUCACCCGCAAACAGAAGAUUUUCGUUUGUGGAGGGUACGAUGGUAUGACUCGCUUUAAUUCCGUAGAGUCAUACAGCUGGCCAGAGAAUUCCUGGACAUUGGAACCAACAAUGCAGGAGGCACGAUCAGCUCCUUCGGCAUUUGUCCAUGGUCGUGAAAUAUAUGUCAGUGGCGGAUGGAAUGGGACAAAGGCCACUGACAGUAUUGAAAGUUUAAAUGUUGACAAGGGACAUUUAGAAUGGACCAAAUCUGCUGUCACGAUGCCAAUUAGCUGUCGUAGACACGAAAUGGUUUGUCACGAGAACAGUGCGAUUUUAACUGGUGGACUUAGUGACGGUGACAAUGUUUCAGAUGGGAUUUAUGAAAUCAGUCUAGAUCCGCCACAUGACUCGAAACUGUUGACCCAGAUGCCAGAGCCAAGAUGUUUCCAUGGUUGUGAGAUCGUCGACAACCAGGUGAUGGUAGUUGGAGGAAGGACAUCAACAUAUUUCAAGGACACUAAAAACACUGUGUACGUAUAUGACCUGAACAACAAUGAAUGUAAAACUUUACCACCACUGCCUUUUCCUAUUGCUAGUAUGGCCACUGUUAGUUAUAAAGGUAAUGUAAUUUUGAUCGGAGGUGUUAAUGAGAAAUCUCAAACAUUAAACAGUGUAGUAAUGUAUGAUGUGAAAACACGUAAAAUUAAAAUGUUACCUUGCCUUAAUCAUAAAAGAGCAGGAAGUGCAGCAGUUAUCACUGGCAAUGUUAUCAUUGCUGUGGGGGGAUAUGACUAUGAAGCUGAAACAUUUCUCAAUUCUGUUGAGUAUUUAGAUUUAAGUACCAAUGUAUGGAGAGAACUGUCGCCAAUGACAUCUAAACGAAAUUGUCCAUCUGCAGUUAUGAAACCCAUGUAUUAA